UGCUGCACCUGGGAAGGAGUUAAGUGCAGCAACAGAACCGGCCAUGUUGUCAAGCUCAAGCUCAGUGGCUGUGGCUAUGAAGCGCGAGUGGGAGGUGAGAUCAGCCCCUCUUUGACUGCCUUACACCACUUGAGAUAUUUAGACUUGAGCUGCAGCAACUUCAGUGGGGUACAGAUCCCAAAAUUUCUUGGUUCUCUUACAAAUCUUCAGCAUCUUGAUCUUUCUCGUGCAAGCUUUGUGGGAAGAGUACCUCCACAGCUUGGUAAUCUCUCCAAACUUGCAUUUCUUAGUGUCUCGGCCAAUUCGUUAUACUCAGAUGACCUUGCAUGGUUAUCACAUCUCACCUCACUGCAGUACCUUGACAUGAGCUUCGUUAAUCUUAGCUCCGUAGUGGAUUGGGUGCAUGCAAUCAACAAGCUUCCGCCAUUGAAAGUUCUUUGUUUGGAAGAUAGUGAUCUCAGAAACAGCCCUGCUACUCUCUCUCAUUAUAAUCUAACAGCCCUCCGGGUGUUGGAUAUCAGCGGUAACCGCUUCCACACUGCACUUUCUGCCAACUGGUUUUGGCAUAUAACUACAUUGACUUCUCUUGAUCUCUCCACAUCUGAUUUGCAUGGUUCAAUUCCUGAUGAAAUGGGAAAUAUGACCUCUCUUGAAGAAGUUCACAUAGGCGGCUAUGAAACCAGCCUUACUGGUAUAAUACCAUCAAAUUUGAAGAAUCUAUGCAAUUUGAAGAUUGUGGACCUAUCGGAGAGCAACACCACAGGGGAUAUAGGAGAGCUGAUGGAACGGUUACCAAAGUGCUCAUGGGACAAGCUGUACUCUUUGGAUUUCUCGGACAACAACAUCGGCGGGAGCUUGCCAAAUUGGUUAGGACCUCUACCUAAUUUGACCAUUUUAGAUUUGUCCAAUAAUUAUAUUGAAGGACCUAUGCCACUAUGGAUAGGAUCACUUCCACAACUGGCUUUCCUGUAUCUUUAUUCUAACCAACUGGUUGGUGAAAUGAAUGAAGAUCACUUAGAAGGACUGAGAAGUUUACAAGAACUACGAAUGUCAGAUAACUCUGUUUCCAUGGUGGUCAGGUCAGAUUGGGUUCCUUCAUUCAGGCUACAAGUGGCCAAGCUCAGAUCAUGCCGGCUUGGACCCACAUUCCCAGCAUGGCUCAGGUCGCAAUCUAACAUUCAAGUUAUUGACAUCUCUAAUGCUUCCAUUACUGAUGAUGUACCCGAUUGGUUCUGGACCCUAGCUUCAAAUGCUACUCUCUUGGAUAU